CCCCAACUGGCCCGACUCCCCUCUCUCUCUGUUGUCCCGCAGUCUGCUGCUCUGCUCUGCACUGCAUCUGCUCUGCUUCUGCUUCUUCUCUGUUCUUCCUCUUCUUCUUCCUACAACCAUCUCCCCCAAGAGACCUGACUGAAAGAAAAGACUUCCCUGAGAGACAGACCCUACAAACAACAACAACAUGCCCCCUCCAAACACCAGAUCCUUCUCCGUCUCCUCCUCCUCCACUUCCACCUCCAGCUCCUCAACCUCCCGAUCUACCCCGCCCGACAUCAAGAAGAAGUUCUCCUGCAACUUCCCCGACUGCGGCAAGUCCUUCUCCAGAUCCGAGCAUCUGCACCGUCACGCCCUGAACCACAAGGAUGGUGAUAAUACAUGUCUGCGCUGCAGCGCUCAUUUCCGCCGCCGCGAUCUCCUAGACAGACACAUGGCCCGCCACAAGGAAAAAGACGACGAGGCCGGGGGUGAGGGCUUGGGAGUGCUGGCGACGAGGAAGCGGCUCUGGCGAGACGCCAAUGGCAAUAUCGUGAACACCCGACGCCCCUCAUACCCUCCAGACGCGUCCAAGGCUCGGCCGAGCUGUCGGGUGGAGAAGAAGACCAAGACCAGUGAGCGCAAGACCCGCAGCCCGACGACCUCCCUCCCCUCCCCUACCAUCUCCACGAGCCGCAAGACUUCCUCCUCCGCCACAUCUUCCUCCGCCGCCGCCCCUUCGCCCACCACCAUCGUCGUCGACACGGGCGCCUCGAACUUCGAGUACCCCGACCCCGAGGCCAAGCUGGAACCCGACUCCUGGCUCGACAUGGCCCUCCCCUCGCCGCCCAUCACCGAGCCCAGUCUGCAGUCCUCGACCGCCGCGUCGCCCGCCGCCGACCUCUCAGACCUCGACGCGCUCUAUGAUGACUCGGCCUGGCCCCUCGACGACGGCCUCCCACCGCCAAGCUCCAUGCUCCCCCAGCACGCGCCCUACCUCUCCCCGCCCGCCACCGACUCCUGGCCCCAGCCGCAGCCCUUCCAGACCUUCAUGGGCGCCAUGGCCCAGCUGCCCUACGACGACAUCUUCAAGCCCGAGGCCGCGCUCUACGACUGGCAGCUCUGGAACUCGCAGGUGUUGAUGUCGCGCUGCCGCGAGGAGAAGCGCGACGUCGGGGACGAGCGCCGGUGGACGAACGCCUCGGCUCAGGAGACGAGCUUCCGGCGGACGUUCGGCCUGGGCACGUGCUGAUGAAGAUCGGGGGGGGGGUGUUGAAAUUAAUGAAUUGGAUGACGGGCGGAAUUUUUGACUUAUAUACAUUUGAACCAGGCCGGGAGGCGUUUUUGGGAUGAUGCGUUUUUUUGUGUAUGUGUGUGUUUUAAACCUAUACCUCAGAUAUAAACAUGGGAUGGGAGUUACGUGGGAGCCCCGCCAGAGAAACCAGUUCCUGGCUUGCGGAAAGCGCGCGUGGUCAGCUCAUAAUCCUAGCAAAGCAUAGACAUUUUGCAGCCAGCAGCAGAGUUGAGUUGAAUAUAAAGAAAAGAUGAAAAG